AUGGAUAGGAUACGUACGAACAGACCCACUUCCUUAAAAAUGUUCAAUGGCUCAGACACCGAUUCGGGCAUAUCAUAUGAGAGCACUGAAGAUGAAACAGAAGUCAACACUCCACUGUAUUCGCUUUCCCUAAUAGAUCCAAUUAAGGCUGUUAUGAAACCAGAAAAUGUGCUAGAAAAGUUUGUAGAAGUCGGCGGAAGACGUUACUUGAACGACAAUACAGUUAAAUGUAUUUUGCCCGCUGACCAAGAAGAAGUAAAAAGGGCGCACGACCAAAAUUACGUAGAAAAAACUAUAUGGGGAAAUAGCUACUCUGCUCCCGUUUCCGAAAAUCUAUCAUUAGGAGCAAGUGUUCUCGAUGUUGGUUGUGGCGCAGGAGCAUGGAUAAUGAAUAUGGCCUUGGAAUACUCUGCUUCAGUAUUUGUUGGAAUAGAUGUCGUUCCUGUAUUCCCCGAAGAUCAUCCACCCAAUUCGAUAUUUCUCAAGUGUAAUAUCCUGAAUGGUCUACCGUUUCCAGAUAACACAUUCGAUUUUGUUCGACAACGAUAUCUCUUAUACACUAUCGAUUGGCAAGCAUGGAAAGAGAAAGUGGUAAAAGAAUUAAUAAGAGUAACUAAGCCCGGAGGAUAUAUCGAAAUUAUGGAUGUAUACUGCGAAGUAUUAGAACAUCUUCGUAAAACCGGAAUUAACCCAACGGCCGGUUUGGACGUAAUAAAAACAUUUAACGAGUUUAAGGAUGAAGUGAUUGUAGCACCCAUGGAAGAAAGAACAUACUGUCUUGGGAAGAAAGCAGGUAGAAUAGGUGAAGCGACAUUGAAGUAUACCGUGGAGGCAUAUAAAGCAAUGAAAAUUAUUUUCACUCAUAUUAUGAGGAUUACAGAAGAAGAGUUCGAACAGAUGUUGACUGAUUAUGAGAAGGAAUGUAACGAAGUCACGCUCUGCAAAACACGAUAUCGUGCCAUUAUUCAAAAGCGUUGA